CUUGCUCUCAGUUGUAUUCCGCAUUCGCGGUCGUUCGCACGUGUUCGCCCCUUAGCUCUGCAUCAGUGCCGCGCGCCGGUGAAUGGUUGAAAUAAACCGAUUCCUCAUCCCAUAGCUGGCUUCUCCUACUGUUACGUCGUAAGGAAAAGAGGAAAAUCAAACUUCGCGUAGAUCUGCACCGGGUAAAUCGUUCUUGUUUGUAGUGACGUAGUGGUUCUACAGUUUCGUGAUUCGAUGGCUAUAAAUAAAUCUCACCAGCAAGGCAUCGUUUUCUGGCAUGAAGUGAUUACAAUCAUGCCGUGUUACGGAUAGAGUUAUGGUAAACUCGCCAUGUCUGGUGCUAAACAGUGAAAGAAAUGUGGAUCGAUAAAAGUGACUACGACUCGGAUCGACUUGCUAAUGGAUAUGUGAUAAUUUCCUUGCUUAGCUGAGCGUCCUGAAUUGCAGUGAAUAAUUGUAUGAGUCACAUUGUAACAAUGCUUAAGUGCUAAUCAGUAUCAUUUUUGAAGAGAUAAGAGCACAUCAUCAACGGUGCACACAAGUGUAGCAUCGUAGCAUUCUCGGCAGUAGAAGGUGAUGAAUGAAGAAGCAUCGGGAAAACAACCAACACCGAGUCUGAACCGAAAAUCGCCAGUACAUCGCCUCAUCACAUACAACAGUGUGCAUCAUCAACGGCACGUCGGUAGCGUCGAGCCACACCGCAAACAUAGGUGGUACAUCUUGUGCCUGCCUAGUACAAAAAAAAAUAAGCCAAGCAUCACAUCGAAUUGGGCCUUACGGAAACCCAUUUACUGCUAGGAGGUGUUCGGUACUACCGCAGAAAGCGAAAACUGCGUAAAUUUUAUCCCAUCGCCUACGAAUUCCUUCGUAACUAGUCCACAGACCCCACCUUGGUUGGGUCUUUACCUCGCGCCGAAAGCUAUGAAUGAGGUGGUCGAGUGCAUCAAAUGCAUCUGCGGUUGCAACGAGCUGUCGCGAGAUCGCAUCAAAGAGAUACUGUGCAAAAGAAUUCACGGUUUUCUGAGUGAUGAAGCCGCAGUCGAUAUGUUCAAGAAGUUUAUUCCAGCUAAUUCCAUAACGCACAGAGAUAUCGCAAACAUUCAAAGAGCGAAAAAGUACCUAGAAAUGGACAUCGAUACCGAUUCCGACGAACUGGAAGAGUUUGCAGAGGAUCUGGAAGAGCACUUGGAAGAUGAGCUGAAGACAAAUUCCAAUACCAAAGAAGCACUGGAAAGGGUUAUUUUCGAAUAUAGUAAGAAAAUAGAAUCCUCAAAAGAUUACGAAAAUUUCAAAGCAAAUUUAAGAGAGAAAUACACAAGUAGGCCCAGGAGAAAGACUUGACUGGUAGCUUUAAAAACCAUGUAGAAAUGUAAAUGUUGAAUAAUCAUCAUUAAAUAUAUUUAUUCUCAA